AUGGGUCGCGUCCGUACCAAGACCGUCAAGAAGUCCGCCAAGGUCAUCAUUGAGCGUUACUACCCCAAGUUGACGUUGGACUUCGAGACCAACAAGCGUCUUUGCGAUGAGAUUGCUAUCAUCUCCUCGAAGCGCCUGCGCAACAAGAUUGCCGGCUACACCACCCACCUGAUGAAGCGUAUCCAGCGUGGUCCUGUCCGCGGUAUCUCCUUCAAGCUCCAGGAAGAGGAACGUGAGCGCAAGGAUCAGUAUGUUCCUGAGAUCUCCGCUUUGGAUGUCUCCCAGACCGAGUCUGGCCAACUCGAUGUUGAUGCCGACACCAAGGAUCUCCUCAAGAGCCUCGGAUUCGACUCCCUCAAGGUCAACGUUGUCAACGUCUCCCAGCAACAGGCUCCUGAGCGCCCUCGUCGUUUCCGGUAA